ACCAACCGGAAGUGGAAAUUUCUACAUGGAUUUGGCGCAUGGGUUAGAAAGAAAAUCUGCAUGUGACGUUUUCUAUUCAUUUAAUACGUUAGUUUGAAUCAUUUAAUUGUUCUUGACACGUUUAUUGGUUCACCUUACACGACACUAGCAGAUUUUCCAUCGUGACUUAUUAAUCUUCUCAUGACGCCGAAACGACAGCAGCCGCGUGGAUGCUGACCAACUUCUCCCUGAACUCACUUUACAAAUAAUGUCAGUGGUCGAAAUGUCGAAGGUGAAACCGAAGAAAAAGAAGCAACUCUCCUCCGAAGCAGGAAAAGACAGUAGAGUUAAAAAGAAAAAGAAAUUCUGGAUACGAAUGAAGAAAGCCAAGGAGGAAAAAAAGGCCACAAGUCAACUGUCAGUACCUCCAAAAGAUUCCGAACAGUUUUCCUGCAAUUGGAAAGCAUUGCAAGAGAUUUUAAAGUCCAAUAAGACGUCAACAAAUGAGCCAAAGACAGCCCAGCAACAACCUAAUGGCCCUGCACAAGAAAAGAAAGACAAACAAUCCACAAAUGUGGAUCAAAACAACACCUCCAGUAAGACUGAUUUGGGAUUAAAAGCCAAACACAAAAGUGUUGCCAAAAGUCCAGUUGUGGAGGACACAAAACAGCCAGCUCCAUUUAAAAGGAAAAAGACAUUUAAAGCAAAUGGUGAGCAAGCAGCCAAGAAGCAGAAGUCUGAAAAAAAGGAUUCCAAACCUACAGAAGAGGAUAUUUGGUUCGAUGACGUGGACCCUGAUGACAUCGAGGCGACUGUGGGGGCAGAGGCUGCAGACAUCAUGAGAAAGAAGCAAGGCAUUCAAAAGAAGGACGCAGAGAGUGCGCUGGUCAAGGAGCAUGCCUUUGAGGGCCUUACCAGAGCCGUCGCCAUGGACUGCGAGAUGGUCGGCGUUGGUCCUGAUGGCGAGGACAGUAUCUUGGCGCGCGUGUCGCUUGUCAACCAGUUCGGGAAAUGCGUGUAUGACAAAUAUGUCAAGCCUAGCGAGAAGGUGACGGACUACAGAACGGCUGUCAGUGGCAUCCGUGAGCACAACAUCAGAGAUGGAGAGAACGUCUCAACUGUGCGGAAGGAAGUUGCCGAGAUUCUGCAGGGUAGAAUAGUGGUUGGCCAUGCGCUACACAAUGACUUCAAGAUCUUGCUCCUGGAUCACCCAAAAAAGAACAUCCGAGACACUCAGAAGUAUAAACCCUUCAGGAAGACUGUCAAGACAAACAAUCCCUCGCUGAAAUUACUUUGUAAAGAAAUACUUAAUGUCACAGUCCAGCAGGGUGAACAUUCCUCUGUCCAGGAUGCGCAGGCCACAAUGAGGCUGUACACGCUGGUGAAGAAACAAUGGGAGGCCCAAAUCAAGAAUGGCACGGACGAGAAACAAGAAAAGCGAAAGCGCAGAUCUCCCAAGAACGCCAGCAAGCCUCGUGUUGCAGCCCCUUGUAUUUCUUGGAACCCAAAAGCGACUGAAAAUAAUUUCUGAUAUGAUUCAAUGGAUUAAGUAUAUCACCAGCUGAGCAGCAACUUCAUUUUCGAUGGAGGAAAACAUAACAACAAUGUGGAUAGCAUAGAAAGGCAUUCUGCUAUAUCGUACUGUUUUUAUAAAUGUCAGUCACUAUCAGUGUUCUACAUUGAAACACAUUUCAAUUAUCCCCUCUCUUAAUGGGUGUGGAUGUGUGAAAUGUUUGCCCUCAAUGAGUGUAGAACUAGAUUUUAAUGUUCAUUUCCUGGUUGCCUUGAGUUGCAAAGUUAUCUGUACAGUUUGAAUAAAAUAUAACACAA